AUGUCCUUUCGCAAGAGAAAUAUCGGUGUAUCAAGCGGUGUUGAUCGCACACCUGUCCAAAAUUCAUCUAUACAGCCACGAACCGCUACACAAUCGCCGCCGCCAACCCCCGGCGUCCGCCCCUCUCCCGAUGAUGGACGCCCAACAACUUCAACCGGUUCACCGUCGCUAGAUAACCUUUUGGCCGGUCAUGGGGGAUUGGCAAUAGGGAAGCUACUUCUACUGGAAGAGAAUGGAACUACCGACUUUGCAGGCGCUUUGCUCCGGUACUAUGCGGCGGAAGGUGUUGUGCAAGACCAAAAAGUUCAUGUCAUUGGGAUGCCCGAGCAAUGGGGCAGAAGUCUCCCGGGGUUGAUAGGGCCGGCGGAGAAGGCAGAUGAAGAGUCAGAUAGGCGGAAAAGUGAGCGCAUGAAGAUUGCCUGGAGGUAUGAACGUCUUGGCGAAUUCGGCGCGGGCGUCGCAGGCGCAAGAGCCCCAGCAGGAGGCACGGGAGAUCAGGUCCCAUCCACAGAUAGUAGCCAGGCGACACAACCAGCGUUUUGCCAUGCGUUCGAUCUCACGAAACGUCUCACCCACCCUUCGAUAGGCAACAUGACGUACAUACCGAUCAGGCCGUCCAACGAACCCUUGCUUGUCUCGAUUCAGAAGAAGCUCGAAGCCGCCAUUGCCUCAAGUCCACCAAAUACGGUCCAUCGCAUUGUCAUUCCUUCUUUCCUCAAUCCCACAUUAUAUCCACCCGAAGUCAGCCAGCCGGAGAAUGUUCUGCCAUUUCUCCACUCCUUGAGAGCUCUAAUGAGCCAACCCGCAUCGCGCAUAACCGCCAUGGUCACACUCCCACUUUCACUCUUUCCGCGUUCUUCGGGGUUGGUGCGGUGGAUGGAGAUCCUAAGCGACGGGGUCAUCGAGCUGUGCCCUUUCCCACAUUCAGCGGACGCCCUCUCAACAUCAGGAGCUGCGACGUCUCACGAAGAACCACCUCAAGGGAUGCUAAAGACGCAUCGACUUCCAGUAUUACACGAGCGCGGCGGCGGAAGCGACCAGAAUAUCGGACAGGAUUGGGCGUUCACGCUUAGCAGGAGGAAGUUCGAGAUCAAACCGUUCAGCCUGCCGCCUGCUGAGGGGGAUCAGGAGGCUCAAGAUAAUGCGCGGUCCGACAAAAUGCCGAAAAAGGCGGAUCUCGAGUUCUAG